AUGGUACGGGGCAAUGGCGUAAUGGCUAGCGUCAGGGAAAAUAAUAUGGAGACAACACCGUACGAUGACAUUUACCUUGAGCCCUCAGAUUUAAGGCUGCGUGGAUUUCCUCGGGAGGACAUCGUCACCUCAUCACCGGGAGCAUACAAGAGAGAAGAGUGGAUAUGCGCGUUGUGAAUUUUCGAUGUUUCAGGCAGCACAUACGGAUGUUUCUCGUAUUUCGAUCAAAAUGUUAAAGUGGGGAUUUUGAUGGCGUUUCUUUUUUUUUUUUGUGGCACAGUUCCUCAGCAAGACAAGCGCACGGCUUCACCCACUCACCUACUACCUCUGCGUUGUUUCGCCCCGUCUGCUAGCGCGGCGGGUCGUUGUCUUCUUCAUCAACAGGAGGCGGCAAGUAGCCAACAAGUAGCAACGGAGUCUCAGAUCAGAUUAGCCGCCACAGGGGAGGGGAGACCAUGGACGAGGCCGCCGCCGGCCAACGCGCCAGUCCUCUUCUUGCCAAGAAUGAUGGAUCAAGCUAUGGUGAAGAAUCACAGAGUUUAUUGGAAGAACAGGAGCCACAGGUUAAAACUAAACAAUCUGGCUGGAGAGCACCAUCAAUCAUUCUGGGACUUGAAUGCUUGGAGAGCAUGGCUUUCAAUGGCAUUGCCACAAAUCUAGUUGUGUAUAUUCGCUCAGUUCUCCAUGGUGGCAUCGCUUCCAGUGCUUCAACUUCUUCUCUUUGGUACGGUACUAGUUUCUUUGUGCCUAUACUUGGAGCAACCAUUGCAGAUACUUACUGGGGAAACUAUAAGACAGUCUUGAUCUCCUUUAUCAUGUAUUUACUUGGUACGGUAUUCAUUACUGUUGGAGCUUUUCUGCCUUCUGCUCCAGCCUUAUGCAACACGGAAUCAUGCUCAUCAAUGAAUGGGACUCAACAUCUAGUAUACUUCUCAGGCCUGUAUCUCACUGCUAUUGGUUGUGGCGGAGUAAGGUCUGCGUUGCUUCCGCUUGGUGCAGAUCAAUUCAACAACGAUAGCAGUUUAGAUAUACAAAAGAGAAGGAAUUUCUUCAGUUUAUUCUACAUUUGUGUUAUCUUUGGUGUGAUUACUUCUGGCACCAUCGUAGUAUGGAUUCAGGAAAAUGUGAGCUGGGCUAUAGGAUAUGGUGUUGCCACUGCAUGCAUAGCUCUUGCUCUGAUAGGCUUUUUGGUGGGAACACCAAUAUUUCGGCGACAUGAGCCCCAUGGUUCUCCAGUAAGGAGUGUUUUCCAGGUCAUUGUUGCCUCUUUUAGGAACUUGGCCUUGGAGCUUCCUGCUGAUAGCUCUCUUCUUUAUGAGGUCAGGAGAAAGAACACACAGAAGAGUGAACCAAAGUUGGCUCACACUGAUGAUUUCAGAUUCUUAGACAAGGCUGCCAUUAUGUCUGAUCUGAGCUUGGACCAAGACAGUUGCACAAGUCCAUGGAGGAUCUGUACUGUAACUCAAGUCGAGGAAUUGAAAAUACUAAUCCGUUUACUUCCAAUAUGGGCAACCGGGAUAUUCUUUUGUGUUGGGAUCUCUCAAAUGCACACCACCUUCAUUCAGCAGGGGACUGUGAUGAACACCAAGAUUGGCUCACUCUCCAUUCCAGCAGCUUCCCUGUAUUCAUUUGAAGUGAUAUGCGUGACAUUCUGGGUUUUCCUGGUGAACAAAGUCAUCAUACCAGUGACCAGAGCAUGCUUUGCAAACGGGGCGGAAAUGACGCAGCUGCAGAGGAUCGGCAUCGGGCGAUUCCUGAUGAUAUUCGCCAUGGCGAUCGCCGCAUUUCUAGAGAUGAAGAGGCUAGAGAGCGUCCAGGGGGGCGAUCAGCCCCUGAGCAUCGCGUGGCAGCUCCCGCAGUACUUCGUCAUCGCUGGGGCGGAGUGCUUCACCAUCAUCACUCAGCUGGAGUUCUUCCACGGUCAGGCGCCGGACUCCAUGAAGAGCAUGCUGACGGCAUUCGCGCUGCUCACCACCGCCCUCGGCAACUACUUCAGCUCGGCGAUCAUCACCCUCAUCGCGAGGGUGACCGGGACAUGGCAUAGCCCUGGAUGGAUACCAGAUGAUCUGAACAAAGGGCACCUUGACUACUACUACUGGUGUCUCGCAGCCAUCUCAGCUGUAAAUUUCGUUGUUUACAUCUAUUUUGCCAGUAAAUACAAGUUGAAGAAGGCUGUCAUCCAAGUCUAAAGUUUUUGUAAAGUUACCAAUUGCCACCACGUGAAGUGUUUAUAGAUUGUAUAUGUUAAAUUAUACUCCAGUUAGGUUUUAGAAGGACCAUUAUAUCCCAAAAUAGCUUCAGGUUGAUCUGAGGAAGCUACCCGUAUCGGCAAAUGUACUUAAUUCAAUUUGUCAAAAGAAUUAUGUAUCCCUAAUGUUGUAAUUUCACAAUGAGUAGUAGAAUGAUAGUUUUACUUGUGCAUGGAAGUGAGUUUGAAAUGGAAAUGUUGAACAUUUGUUCUUUUGGAUCUGUUGUAUUUAGAUUAUUCCUAUGUA